AUGGCGACACAAUUACCUCCUCCGUCCAAGCGACAAAAGACAGCCGCUGCUGCGCGCUCGCGCGAGCAGGUCGAACCGGAGCAGAUGCCCGACGGCAUCCAGCGCAUCCAGUUCAUCGAUGCCGACUCGGGCGAAUCACAAGGACCUGUUGUAACAGUACCGCUGUCUGAAUUAUCGCCCAAGAACUUGUCGCUGCUGUUGAACACCCUCCUCGGCCGCGAAGACGCCGGCGACCGCCUCCCAUACCGCUUCUACAACCCUCUCGGCACUGGCGAUUUCGACCAACAAGCCAUCAUUUCAGCAUUUCUCUCUGGUGACUCGACGACCGAAGUACAGCUCAACAUUCCGUGUAGAGCAGAAGCAGUUUUCCGUGUAAAAGCAGUUACAAGAUGCUCGGCAGCAAUCAGCGGACACGGUGAAGCCAUUCUUGCAACACAAUUCUCUCCAUCAUCAUCCUCGCGUUUGGCUACAGGCAGCGGCGACAAGACUGCCCGUAUCUGGGACUGCGAUACUGGUACUCCUAUGCACACGCUUACUGGGCAUACGGGAUGGGUUCUUGCUGUCAGCUUUUCACCCAACGGUCAGCUGCUGGCUACAGGUAGCAUGGACAACACGGUGCGCCUGUGGGAUCCUCAGACCGGUAAACCUUUAGGUGGACCCAUGAAGGGCCACACCAAGUGGGUCACAUCUCUCUCAUGGGAGCCUUACCAUAUGCAACAGGCCGGAAGACCGCGAAUCGCAUCCGCUUCGAAAGACGCCACAGUCCGCAUUUGGGAUGCCACUAGCAAGCGCUCUGACUUGGCUUUGACCGGCCACAAGGGCAACGUAUCUUGCGUGCGCUGGGGUGGUGCCGGUAUGAUCUACACCGCUUCGCACGACAAGACUAUCAAGGUCUGGUCUGCAGACACUGGCUCGCUUGUUCACACGCUCAACUCGCACGCCCACUGGGUCAACCACCUCGCUCUUUCAACAGACUUCGCCCUCCGUACCGCUUUCUACGACCACACUGGCAAGAAGGGCGUGCCCGCAACAGAAGAAGAGAAGCGUGCAAAAGCAAAGGAACGCUACGAAGUUGCUGCCGGCGUUAAUAACCAGAAGAAUGGUGGAAAGGCUGUUGAGAGACUGGUUUCAGCCAGUGAUGACUGCACAAUCUACCUCUGGACACCUAUGACUUCAACAAAACCCGUGACUCGUCUCCUCGGUCACCAAAAACAAGUCAACCACGUCACAUUCUCGCCCGACGGUACCCUUCUCGCAUCCGCUGGCUUCGACAAUCUUAUCAAGCUGUGGAACGCCGCCGAUGGAACCUUCCUUUUCACCCUCAAGGGUCAUGUUGGACCUGUGUACCAAGUCGCUUUCAGUGCCGACAGCAGACUACUUGUCAGUGGUAGCAAAGACACCACCCUCAAAGUCUGGGAUGUCAAGACUGGAAAGCUCAAGGAGGAUCUGCCCGGCCAUAAAGACCAAGUCUUCGCCGUAGACUGGAGUCCCGAUGGUGACAGAGUAGGCAGUGGAGGUCAGGACAAGCAAGUCCGUGUCUGGAGAAACUGA